AUUAAGAAAAAGGAAACAACACCCUCUCGAAUAAUUUUAAUAAUACGGCCUUGAUAUUUUGAUAUGUAUAUGUAAGAAACCAUCCGUAUCGCCGCCGCAUGUAUUUACUUUACUUGUGUUGUUUAUGUUUUGUAUUCCUUCCUAUGCUUGGAAUUGCUCGUGCAAUGGUGAAACUAGUUGACUCUCUUACACCUGGCUGACUGUCUACUUGACUUAUAUUUGUGUCUUCUUCACUUCCUCUUUAAACAAAGCUUAACUAGCAUUCAACUGUUAAAAAUAAUGCCUUAGCACUGGAACCAACAGUCAGUUCGGGUCCGCGACGUCAACACAACAAAUGACGACACUAAACAUUGUCUCCCCCAUGUGCUAAUAGAAUAGAUAAACAUAAGUUUGUGUUCCCUUCCUUUACUUUACCUGAGCUACUGUUUUUUUUUUUUCGUUUUUGAUGAAUUUUAUUCAAGUGACUGGUUAAUGGCUUCAGGAGAGAGGGAUUCCAAACAAAGGAAAUUUAUAACGUUCUGAAAUUAAAUCAUAAUUAUCUAUCACAAAGUAGGAUUCCUUGCACCUGUGACAGUUCAAGUGUUAAAAAAUAAAAUCCCCCAUAACAAUACUGAAGCGAUAUCAAAUUCAUUCCUCUCCUUCCAUACUUUGUUUUCGAAUAGAAAAGAUAGAAGAUAAAACCGAUUUAUGUACCUAUUUUGUGUGAUUUUUUUUUUGUUAAAGAAGCUAUCAAAGUUUCUUUGAAUUGAAAAUAUAAAUAUGCAGCAGCUAUUGAGUUGCGUGAUUUUAAGUAAGACUCAAAGAAUCCGGCCCGGUUGUGAGUGCAAGUGAAACUUAACUAUAAAUAAAAAAAUCAAUUAUUAUAAUUAAUUUUUCAUUAUAUCUUUGUAAUUUUGUAUAUAAUAUGAAUACCAACAACAACAAAGAAGUAUAUUAUUGCUCAGGUAUAUGGCAAACAAAAUAAUACUAAGCAAAUUCAGCAGCAACUUUAUAAAAUUAUGAAAUUAAAUCAGGAAUACAAAUCACCUGCAUUUAUACAGAGUAUGGCAUGCCAUUCGAAAUUACUUUAAAUCGAAUACCGUUCGUUUAGUUUUUUUUUUUUUUGCAUUAAAAGUGAAAUUAUAGUGCACUGUCUACUGUGUCGAGACUGAGAGAUGUGAUACUUUCUAAUUAUUGUUCGGAAUAUGUUAUGUUCAUUGGAAAUUGAGUAAAAAGAUUAUAAUCGGAUUCAAUAGUUCAUUUACUGAGGUUGUAAAUAGCGGUGUAAAUUAUAUGUGAUAAACCAAAAGGGUCUUGAACUUUUUCAAAUUUUAAAAUUGGUUGGAUUAAGUGCCUUAUUAUUUAACCAAAAAAAAAAAAAAAACAAAAACAAAAAUUGAUAUCAACAGGAAACACAGCUACAAAAAUGAGAAUUUUAAAGCAUUGGCCUCGUCGUCGAUCGGGUUCAAGCAUUGUUGUGAUUGAUGGCGAUGAUCUAAAGCCAUGUUUGCCUGACGAUUAUAUAAGUAAUCAACAUUAUCGAACGCAUUCAGACACUAAAGACAUAGAUCCAACAAUGUUGACUAUGAUUUCUUCAAAUCAAGACAAAGGUCCUCACCGUGAGAUGGCAGUUGAUUGCCCCGAUACAUUUGUAGCACGCAACAAAACACCCCCACGAUAUCCCCCACCUCGUCAAUCCAUAACUGGAACAGCGAUGAUGAUGCCAGGUUCAGCACCCGGUACAACCGUUACGGUACCACAAAUUCCAACACUAAAUAAUGCCGCUGUUCAGGUAAAUGCAAAUUUAAUGUUGUGUGGUAGUGGUGAACUAACUAUUGCAUUGCAUUCCGAAAACGAUCAAACUCACAAUCAUCAACACGACUAUAACACCAUCAAUCAUCAACCUAAUAAUCAUCAUAAUAUACAAAAUGUUGAUAACGAAUUCAUCCAAAAACAAAUGCAAAUUGAUCAGUACACCAUUUUAAACAAUAAUCAUCCACAUCAGCAACAACAACAACAACAACUACAACAGGCACAACCACAACACCAUACAAACAAAACACGAGAAGAACAACAGACAACACCACAAAAACACAAUAAUUUGAGUCUGAGUAGUGCAAGCGGUAGUGAAAGUAUGGGUGGUGAUCGCGGCGCCAAUAAACUAUCUCUUGACAUGGAUCCCUUAUCGGACCUUUAUCAGAAAAGUUCGCUUUCUUUCGAUGACAGCCGCAAAGAAUCCUUCGAUUCAAUUAGCUACAUUCAGCUUCAGAAUAAUAAUAACAUGAUUAAAGCCGCUAACGGCAACAUGUUGCUCUCAAACACCACAUCCUCAUGUGGUGGAUCGCUAAGUACUCGCAGUUCUUCUUCUGGGGAAUUGGCUACCCCCGAGUAUGAACUGCGUGAGCUCAAGCCAAAGGGAUCAAUCCGCAAGCAUCGCGAGAUGCCUGUGGACGUCCCUGAUAGUUUUAUUGAGAUAAUAAAAGGGCCGCCACGCUAUCCACCACCCGCACGUUUGUCAUCGCCUUCGUCAAUAGUUUCAAUUGUCAAUACGGCCAACACAGAUUCGCCUCACAACAGCUCAAAUGAAUUAUUGCCUGGCUAUGCCAAGAACUCAUCCUACACUACUUUGGUUACAACUUCGUUGUCAUCUUCACCGUUGUCCUUUACAUCUUCGGCACUUUCAAUUAAUACCAAUCACGAUAUUUCAAACAUGACGCGUUCAUUGUCAUCGUCGUUUUCAUCUUCAACAAAAACAGCAUCAACAACAGCAACAGCUACAUCUAAACGUCCACCGCAAAUUGUCAAAGAGGUAGUUAAAGCAAAGACUUCGUUGUCUUCUUCGCAAGGAUCAACUGAAAACCAGAAGCCUCAGCCGCAAGUGGCUGUUAGGCGGAGUAAUGAGCUAAAUGGUUCCGUGAAGCCAGUACCACCGCCUCGAGAUCAUUUGCGUAUUGAAGCAGAUGGCCGACUUGUUAACCGUGCACCAGCGCCACAAUUGCCUGAUCGCAAAAUAAAUAAUAAUAACAGUUUCGUCGACCCUAUAUUAAUGCAGCAACAGCAACAAAUUGCCCAAGUAGUCCAGCCAACAUUGGAACAAUUAGACAGUAUAAAAAAAUAUCAGGAACAACUACGCCGUCGACGGGAAGAAGAAGAGCGGAUAGCCCAACAAAAUGAGUUCUUACGUGCAAGUUUGCGUGGCUCUCGCAAACUUAAAGCACUUCAAAAUAAAACUAGUGCACAGCAACAACAUCCUACGUCUGUUGAAGCUGUCCAAGGUGUUGAUAACGACGCCUACACAGAUGAAGAAGAUACUGAAAAAAUCCUUGGUUAUGGUGAUUUAGUGGCUGCUCUUCAAAGACUACAAAAUCAACUAACAAAAAGUGGCAUGUCAACUCUUGCCGGCCGAGUGACAGCCGCUCAAAACAUUCUUCUCGGACCAGGAGUUGCUCAUGUACUGGCAGCUCGAACAACGGUCCUUCAAAGGCGGCGACCCCGUUUUGCUCAGCCAGUAAGUGACAAUGCCCAAGGUCUAUCUAAGGAUAUUGUCGAAGUAUUGUCACAAUCAAAUUCUGCGACGGCGAUUGAGUUAGGCAAUUUACUAACAUCACACGAAAUGGAAGGCCUUCUAUUGGCUCAUGAUCGUGUCGCAACACUAACCGACUGUACCCCAUCUGUGAUUACAAGCCAUGUGCCCUCUAAAUCCUCAGCAGUAACGCCAUCCGCAUCUGUUUCAGCAUCUGUCCGAAAUCAACAUAGACAACCGAUGCCAGUCCCAAUUCCACAAGCACCUAUGCCAAACAGCUUUAUUAAACAACGUUCUGAGUCGCCACCAUCGUUAAAUUCACCUUUUGGCACCCUCAAGGAUCACAACGACCACAUUCGAAUUAUUCAGAUUGAAAAGUCGUCAGAACCAUUAGGCGCUACGGUAAGGAACGAGGGUGAGGCUGUUGUUAUUGGACGGAUAGUGCGUGGAGGAGCGGCUGAAAAAUCAGGCCUUUUACAUGAAGGUGAUGAGAUUCUCGAAGUAAAUGGGCAAGAGCUGCGGGGUAAGACCGUAAACGAGGUGUGUUCAUUGCUGGGAGCAAUGCAGGGUACUCUCACAUUUUUGAUAGUGCCUGCAAGUAGUCCACCGCCAGGGGGCGGUAGAGAUUCGGCCGUGCUUCAUGUUCGAGCCCACUUUGAUUAUGAUCCCGAAGAUGACUUAUACAUACCAUGUCGCGAACUGGGUAUCAGCUUCCAGAAGGGUGAUGUAUUACAUGUUAUUUCACGCGAAGAUCCAAAUUGGUGGCAAGCCUACCGCGAAGGUGAAGAGGAUCAAACUCUGGCAGGCUUGAUACCUAGUCAAUCAUUUCAACAUCAAAGGGAAACUAUGAAAUUGGCUAUUGCCGAGGAAGCGGGUUUGGCUCGCAGCCGCGGCAAGGACAGUAGCAAGGGAGCAACAUUAUUGUGCGCCCGAAAGGGAAGGAAAAAGAAGAAGAAAGCUAGCUCUGAAGCUGGGUACCCUUUGUAUGCAACAACUGCCCCUGACGAACCAGACGUAGAAGAAAUACUCACUUACGAGGAGGUCGCCUUAUAUUAUCCGCGCGCAACACAUAAAAGGCCGAUUGUUCUAAUUGGACCGCCAAAUAUUGGACGACACGAACUGCGACAGCGCCUAAUGGCCGAUUCAGAUCGCUUUUCUGCUGCUGUACCCCACACUUCCCGAGCUCGACGAGAUGGUGAGGUUCCUGGGCAGGACUAUCACUUUAUAUCUCGUGCUGCAUUCGAAACUGAUAUCUUGGCUCGACGUUUUGUCGAACAUGGCGAAUAUGAAAAGGCAUAUUAUGGAACUUCACUAGAAGCAAUACGCACUGUUGUGGCCAGUGGCAAAAUAUGUGUUCUCAAUCUGCAUCCACAGAGUCUUAAAUUGCUACGAGCAUCAGAUUUAAAACCAUAUGUUGUACUUGUAGCCCCACCAAGUUUAGACAAACUAAGGCAAAAGAAACUACGAAAUGGUGAACCAUUUAAGGAAGAGGAACUAAAGGACAUUAUUGCCACUGCCCGUGACAUGGAAGCUCGAUGGGGCCAUCUCUUCGAUAUGAUUAUUAUAAAUAAUGACACCGAACGAGCAUAUCAUCAACUGUUAGCCGAAAUUAAUUCCCUAGAACGUGAACCACAAUGGGUACCAGCCAGUUGGGUGCACAAUGUCAGGGAUGAGUCAUAAUUAAGGUUUAUUCUAAGAAACACACGUAAAUAACAUUGAAAAUUAUAAGAAAAAAAAAAAAAUAAACUAAAAAACGAUUAAAGAUUUUAAACAAAAAUAAAAGCAAAAUAACAACAAACGAUCUUAUGUCCAAUUCUUGUUAACACGAUAAAAAAAAAUAAAUAAAUAAAAAUAUAUUACGAUAGUAUAUAUAAUAGACAUAGUUAUUAUUAUUUUUUUUUUAUUUUUAUUUAA